GGCAAAAUUGAUGGGUGAUAUUCUGACCUCUUUUAUCAUAUUGGUAAACAAUGUCUCUUUUAACCAAACAAACCAUGCUUCAAGCAAACUCCAUUCCGAGCUCUGCCGAACGCAAUCAAGCCGCGGAAUUUAGAAAUCGCAAGUCUCCUGAAACCAAGACAAAAAAAAAGGUCAAAGGACAAACACGUCCGGGUUUUUUAUUACAGUCUUCUUCCUCUUCUUGCAUAGGAGAUCUAGGAGAUUUCUUCACUCCCGUGCUGCUUGACCUGACCGAAAGAGAUUGUCUUUUCAAUCCAUUUCCUCCCCACUUCGGCUCUUCCCCCCAAAAUCUCCACGAGCUUCCCUCCCCAGCAGAUCCCCGCCGUUUCCUCCCCAAGAACCCCGCCCCUGCCGACGGGCUCCCACCCAAAUCCGCCGCCUCCGCGCCGGGGCGGCACGGGAACGGCGCCAUCUGCUCCGCCGCGGGGUUCGGGCGCGCUCCCGCUGUGGAUCUUGGUGCCCGCGGAGAUGGCAAGGGCGGGGGCGGGCGUUGUUCUUGCGGUGCUGAUUUUGUCUUGUGCGAUGGGAGCCAGAGCUGAUGGCUCUGAUCACAAGUACAAGGAGGGGGAUCAUGUCCCACUCUACGCGAACAAAGUCGGUCCUUUUCACAAUCCAAGUGAGACAUAUCGGUACUAUGAUCUGCCCUUCUGUGCACCAGAACAUCCAAAGGACAAAAAGGAAGCUUUGGGAGAGGUUCUAAAUGGUGAUCGGUUGGUUGAUGCACCAUAUGAGUUGAACUUCAAGGAAGACAAGAACUCCAAGAUUCUCUGCGAGAAAACAUUGACAAAGGAGCAAGUUGCGAAGCUCCGGGAUGCAGUUGCCAAGGAUUACUACUUCCAGAUGUACUAUGAUGAUUUGCCUUUAUGGGGAUUCCUUGGUAAAAUGGACAAGGAUAGAGAGCAAGGGGAUGCAAAAUACCUACUGUUUAAGCACAUCCACUUUGACAUCAUGUACAACGAUAACCGUGUCAUAGAAAUCAACGUCCAAACUGAUCCAAAUGUGGCUGUAGAUAUCACAGAGGACAAGGAAGUGCCAAUAGAGUUCUCUUAUUCAGUGACAUGGAAAAAGACAGAUAUUUCUUUUGAGAAAAGAAUGGAAAAGUACUCCAAGUCUUCCUCUAUGCCACAACAUCUUGAGAUCCAUUGGUUUUCCAUAAUUAACUCAUGUGUUACGGUACUCCUCCUUACUGGCUUCCUGGCUACAAUCUUGAUGCGUGUGCUCAAGAAUGAUUUCAUCAAGUAUUCGCAUGAAGAUGAGUCCCUUGAAGAUCAAGAGGAGAGUGGAUGGAAGUACAUACAUGGCGACGUUUUCCGCUUCCCGAAGCAAAAGUCCCUUUUUGCAGCAAUUAUUGGAUCUGGAACUCAGCUUCUUGCCCUUGCGAUUUUCAUAUUCCUACUUGCACUUGUUGGCGUCUUCUACCCAUACAACAGGGGAGCUCUUUUCACUGCCCUUGUUGUCAUAUAUGCCCUUACAUCUGGUAUUGCUGGAUACACAGCCACUUCCUUCUAUCUUCAACUGGAGGGAACAAACUGGGUGAGGAAUCUGAUAUUUACUGGCUGCCUGUUCUGUGGUCCUCUCUUCCUUACAUUCUGCUUCCUAAAUACUGUUGCGAUAGCGUACAGUGCUACAGCAGCUUUGCCUUUUGGCACAAUCAUUGUCAUUAUUCUGAUCUGGGCACUUGUGACCUCUCCACUCCUUGUAUUGGGUGGUAUUGCUGGGAAAAAUAGUAACACAGAAUUCCAAGCUCCCUGCCGCACCACCAAAUACCCAAGGGAAAUCCCUCAACUUCCAUGGUACCGAAGCACCAUUCCUCAGAUGGCAAUGGCAGGGUUCCUCCCUUUCAGUGCUAUUUACAUCGAGCUGUACUACAUAUUUGCUAGCAUAUGGGGGCAUAAGAUCUACACCAUCUACAGCAUCCUUUUCAUUGUGUUCAUUAUCCUCAUCAUUGUCACAGCCUUUGUCACAGUAGCACUCACAUAUUUCCAGCUUGCUGUUGAGGAUCACCAGUGGUGGUGGAGGUCUGUCCUGUGUGGAGGCUCCACUGGCAUAUUCAUCUUCUUCUACUGCAUCUACUACUACCACGCGCGGUCCGACAUGUCAGGCUUCAUGCAGACAUCCUUCUUCUUUGGCUACAUGACCUGCGUCUGCUACGGCUUCUUCCUCAUGCUAAGCACUGUCGGUUUCCGCGCAUCACUCUUCUUCGUGCGGCACAUCUACCGCUCCAUCAAGUGCGAGUAAACCAUAAACCUCGACUGCGGCUAGAUUCGCUAGGGCCUGUCGUGGCUGUUGCGGGGCAGCUUCAGAACCAAAUGGAGAAAACCGUCACCGGAAGCAUUGCGCCUGAAUUUUCUGCCCCUGUCCCCAGUGUGAACCUCUGGUCCUCUGUCUUUCUUUUGACCUUUCUAUCUUGCAGCUCCAUGAAAGGAGGAUGUAGUGUAGGUAGGAGUGAUAGUCUGAUACCAGAGUCCGUGCUAUAUUGACAUGUCUGUAUUAUCUAUCUACUCUUAUCCUAUGUAGCCAGUGUUACCCCAUGCUAUUGUUCCUGAAUCCUGUGUUUGGAUGCAAAGACGUGCGCAAUUUCGUUUUAGAAGGACUGGAUGAGUUUUUCCCA